GCAUGAGAGGCGCGCAUGCGCAUUAGUAUCAGCCCCGCCAGGUCGUCCGCUCCCCACCUUCAGCAGCGCCCCCUUUUGUGGGCACGACGCCGCUUCCGGUUUGGCGCCGGUGAUUUCCCGCGCCUGCGCAGGUGGGCAGAGCCUGGGCGGGAGUUGGGUCGGCGCCGUCGCCGCCCUCCCUCGCUGUCAGCGUCGGGGACAAUGGAAGGCAGCACGGCGGCCGCCAGAGUCCCUCGGUCGGCCCCCCACCCGCUCUCCAAGGACGUGCUGGGCUUCGCCGACGACGAGGAGGAGGACGACGACGACCUGGAGGUGUUCAGUAAGGAUGCUACUUUCACUGAUGCCAGUUCUUUCAAUAUCUCCAUGCCAACUUCACCUUCCUCCAUGAUUAAUCAACUCACUUUGGAAGAUGAACCAGACAACAGAGAUCUUUUUAUCACAGUUGAUGAUCCAGAACAUCAUGCCACGGCACUUGAAAACUUUUUUACUUAUAGAAUUAUUACAAAGACUACACGCAGUGAAUUUGACUCCAGUGAGUACGAGGUCCGUAGACGUUAUCAAGAUUUCUUUUGGCUAAAAGGCCAACUUGAACAAGCUCAUUCUACUUUGAUUCUUCCUCCAUUGCCAGAGAAAUUUGCAAUAAGAGGGAUGGUGGAACGAUUUAAUGAAGAUUUCAUAGAAACGCGCCGGAAGGCACUACAUAAAUUUUUAAACAGAAUUGCUGACCAUCCUACACUGUCUUUUAAUGAGGACUUCAAAAUAUUUCUAACUGUUCAGGACCUGGCAUCUCAUAAGAAAGUUGGUUCAGCAUUCAUCAGUAAAAUGGAAGAAACAGUUCGGGCUGUUGCUAGCUCAGUUAAGAGUGUUAAGAAUAGGCCUGAUGAAUUCACAGCAAUGUGUGAGUAUGUUGACAUUUUCCAUCAGAAAAUGGGAAGAUUGGAUAGAAUCAACCAAAGAAUUUUAAAGGAAUGGAGAGAACAUUCAGUUGCUUUGAAGGAAUAUAGUCCAGUUUAUACUCUGUGGUCUGGAUCUGAAAAUGAGCUGGCUGAACCUCUGACUGGAAUAGCUAGUUCCAUUGACAGCUGUUGCAAGGCCACUGAAGGACUUACAGUGGGCCUCUCAGAGGAUCUGCUUCCUGCCUUGCAUGAAUAUGUUUUAUCUGCUGAAACUCUGAAGUCAGUAUUGAAGAGAAGGGAUCUAAUUCAGGCAGAUUAUGAUUCUCGAAUUGAUGCCUUGGCUAAUAGGAAAGCUGAGAGAGAAAUGUUGGAGCACUCGGAUCUAAGCUUUACAUUUGGUGCCUUCCUGGGUAAGAGCAUGGAGGAAAUGAAACAACAAAAGCAACAGAAAAUUGACCGUGAAAUUGAAGAGCUUCAGGCAGAAGUUGCCCAUCUUGAGGAUAAAGUAGAAUAUGCAAACAGCAAUUUGAAAGCAGAUUGGAAAAGGUGGUGUUUGAACAUGCGGAGUGACAUGAAAUCAGCUUUUUGCAACAUGGCUGAAAAUAAUAUUCAUUACUUUGAGGAGUGUUUAGCUACAUGGGAGUCUUUUCUGGCCAUGCAACAGACUGAGAUGAAGAUGGACGAAAAUAGUAAAAACAGCGGAUAGAAACAAAGCUGGAUUUUGUUUCAUGCACUUACAGCUUUCUCUGACCAAAAAUGCUGUGUGUAUUUAUAGAAAAAUACUGGGAUCUGGUUAGAUCCUUUUAACCUUCCAAUGCAAGAAUGUUACUCAGUUUGUGAUUUUUAAUUAUUUUGAUGACUUGAACAUUCUGCAGCCCGAAGAUUAAGCAGAUCAAUGAAAUUAUCAAACUUAAACCUCAGGUCAUGCUCAGUUAAUGCCUUUGCAAAAUUAGCUCUGUGCAGAUGGAUGGUUUUUGUGAUCAAUUAUCACAAAAUGGAAAAUGUUUUCUGAAAUGAAUUUAACUGCUUUAAGUGAAUCAUGUCUUAGUAGAAUUACAAUCACACAAUGCAUUUUUUUCCAUACUUUCUCUGGUUGGGGAUUUCAGUAGAUGAUUUUUGGGUACCAGUAGCUGGCUUUCGUAUCAGUAUAAUUAACAGGUCAAUAAGUUAUAUUUUGAGGUUUAUUAUUAUUCUAUUGGUGGGUUAUGUAUGGGAUAAUUUUGAUCUCUGAUAGCCCAAAGCAGGGACUAAGUGGCAGACAUUUUAAACCUGAUCCAUUUUUCUUCCCCCACCUCCCCCUACCUAUUUCUGUUAUCUACAUCUCUAUUUUGUAAUAAUGUCAAAGACCAAUUUCGCUCCCAAUUUUUUUAAUGUGGUAAUGUUCUCUAAUUAGUAUUGUAGCCAUCUUGUUACAGCCCAAUUUUACUCAUGCUGGGAUGCAGCAAGAUUGACAUUGCAAGCAAUUAAAAUACAGGCAGAAAAUUCCUUACUGACUAUUCGAUCAAUACCCAGCAAUUUUAUUUCAAAUAUGGUGAUAUGUCCUGGGGUUAAAAUAGUUUUGGCCUCUUGCUGGUACCCCAUGCAAGCAUGUUCAUCUGGUUCCUAACACGACAAACAUCCCAUGUUAAAAUCAGAAGUAAUCAUUUUCUUUUGUCUCAUGAGAUUUAACUAUUGUAAUUCAUCAAAGUUUAACUAUGCUAUUUUAUGAUAACAUUAGAUUUUCCUGUCUCAUGAUCAUGUUUUUAAGACAGGUAUUAUAUACCAUAUCAUUUAAAAACUGCAGUGUUCUAUUUUCAUUUUGUAUAUUGUAUCAAACGUAUAAUACUUUGAAAGUGCACAUUUUAUGCAAAUAUAAUUUUUGUGGAAGCUAGAUAUUUGAUCUUGUUAAAAGAAAUUGUUGUAUUUUAUCCCCACUUUAUCUGUGACAGAAUGUGCCUUUAAGGGUUAUAUGCAUUAUCUGAGGAUAAAUGUAUUAUCUCCUCCAUAAUUAAGCCAUUGGUAAGAAAGGUAUUAUUUAGACUUUUGAAGAACAUUACUUCAGAGUUUGUAAUGAAAGUUUGGACUUGAUGUAUAUGCUUGUCCAUUGUUUCUUUGAAAUGAAACUAUUUUGGUCUGUAAUCUCUUGGAGUGUUUUGGAAUAGGCGAGAACAAAAUGUACUAAGUUGAAAUAUACCAGCCCAAAUAAGCACCAAAAACUUACUGGCAUUUUAAAUUGCAAAAUGUUUUUAUGGCUGACAGUUAAAUGAUUUUUAAAAUUAUCUUCAAAACAACUUUGAUAUUUAAUUUAAAUUUAAUAUUUUAAAUGGAUUUCCAAAAUAUUAAAUGCAAACCUACAAUGUCAAAUUGAUACUUUGUGCAUCAAUUAAUGCAAGGUUUUGUUUAUGUAGAAAUAUGAAAUUAGUAGUGUACAUCACUUAACUUUUUCCUGUGAGAUACAUGAAUGGUUCAUUUGGGUUCAAAGAUUCACAAGGUAAGUAAAGUGCAUUACUCAGUGUAUUUUAAUGAUUUGCAUUGAAGUGCAGUGUUUAAUUCUGUGGAAUGCGUCUUUCAGAAAUGUAAACAUUGAGAAUAUAGUUUAUAAUGUAGGGAAAUAGUAAAUGACAAAUAAAGAUGUACAAUAAUGGA